CUACUACUUUGUGAACUCAGAAAUAUUUCUAGUUAUUAAAUUCCAAGAAACAUUCUGCAAAUAUACAGAAAAGUUUUAUGGGCUCUCAAGAUGAAAUGCCACCAAUUCAUGUCUUUAUGGUCUCAUUUCCAGGCCAAGGACAUGUCAAUCCCCUUCUUCGACUUGGCAAACGCCUAGCAACCAAGGGUAGUCUUGUCACAUUUUCCACACCUGAAAGUUAUGGUGCUCUAAUGAAAAAAGCUAACAAAAAUUUAAGCGAUGAGCCUACACGUUAUGGUUCAGGUAUGAUAAGAUUUCAAUUCAUAGAUGAUGCAUGGGAUUAUUCGAAGCCCGAGGGAGCCAACCUCGGGCUUUACAUGCAGCAUCUAGAGUUAGUGGGUAAAAAACUCCUUCCUCAAAUGAUUGAGGAUAACGAGAAACAGGGUCGCCCUGUUUCUUGUUUUAUCAACAAUCCCUUUAUUCCUUGGGUUUCAGAUGUUGCUGAAACCCUCGGAAUUCCUAGUGCUGUCCUUUGGGUUCAAUCAGCUGCGAGCUUUUCUUGUUACUACCAUUAUCUGAAUAAAUUAGCUCCUUUUCCCACUGGAACAAAUCCCGAGCUACAAGUUCAACUUCCAGGUAUGCCCUUACUCAAACAUGACGAAAUUCCUAGUUUUUUGCAUCCUGCUUCUCCGUACACUAUGUUGAAGAAUGCUAUUUUGGGUCAAUUUGAAAAACUGUCUACUCCAUUUUGUAUACUAAUGGAUACAUUUCAAGAACUUGAACUCGAGCUCGUUGAUCACCUCUCCAAAAUUUGUCCAAUUAAAACUAUUGGUCCAUUAUUCAAGCAUCCUAAAUUAAUUCCCCCAGAUGAAGACGAAGAUAUUCGCGGCGAUUUGUUAACAGCUGAUAGUGGCAUAAUGCAAUGGCUCGAUUCAAAAUCAUCAUCCUCUGUUGUAUACAUUUCGUUUGGGAGCAUAGUCAUAUUGAAACAGGAACAAGUUGAUGAAUUAGCCUAUGGUUUGUUAAAUUCAGGGGUGAAUUUCUUAUGGGUAAUAAAAGAACCAUCCACCGGGACAGGUUUUUUACCAGUAAAAUUACCUGAUGGAUUUUUGGACAAAGCUGGUGACAAGGCCAAAAUUGUCCAAUGGUGUGCACAAGAACAAGUUUUAGCACACCCAUCAUUGGCGUGUUUUUUAACUCACUGUGGAUGGAAUUCGACUAUGGAAGCAAUAUCAAUUGGUACGCCAAUUAUUGCGUUUCCUCAAUGGGGUGAUCAAGUACUCGAUGCUAAGUACUUAGUGGACGUGUUUAACGUUGGGAUUCAAUUGUGUAGAGGUGAAAAUGAAAAUAGAAUUAUUCCUCGUGAAGAAGUGGAGAAAUGCGUAAGGGAGGCGAUGAGCGGAGCAAAGGCGGUAGAGAUGAAACAAAAUGCGUUGAAGUGGAAGAAAGCGGCGGAGGAUGCGGUGGCUGAAGGUGGCUCCUCCCAGCAGAAUUUGCAGGCGUUCAUCGAUGAGAUUGUCACAAAGUGUACUACUGAUGAAAAGUUGAAGAAAACUAGCUUGCAAUAAAUGUUUCUUCUUUUGUCCAAGUGUAAAAAACCUUUCUCGUCAGACAUGUUUAGAUCGACUCAUAUAAAUUUUUUAUAAUUAAGUGAUUUAAUAAGAUUGGAGUAUAUACAUUAGUUAUCAUUGUAAAACAUUCAAUGAAAAUUUAUGUGCCUCACCA